AUGCGUCUGCGACUGCUGCUGAUUCACAUUCUCAUCGGUGUCGCGCGUUCGCAAUACCCGACGCCGCCAUCCGAAUCGCAUCAAUCCGUCGAUCACAUCGAGAGCAUUGAAAUCGACGCCACACAAAUCAUCAUCACGACGAGCAAAAAUGGACCCGCCGACAAACUCAAAAUCCACAUCGAGCUCGUCGACAUCGAUGCGAACAAAAUGGUGAAUCCGGUGGAUCUCAGCGGAUUGUGGCUGACGAUCACGCGCGGCCGCUAUACAAUCCCAUUCCUGCGUCCCGACACCUGGUACGGUGUGCGAUUCCGCAGCGAGAACGAGAUCAACGGCAAGACGAUCGUCCACGAGGACGAGCGUCUGAUUCGAACGAAACCGCGCGACGCCUACACACCGCCAGCGUUGGCUACGCUGCCGCCGCCAUUGAUCGGCCUACCGCCACCAAUUUCGACACCCAACAACGAGGAGAUGCACAAGACGAAUGAUAGCGAUGAGAAAAUUGACGACAAUCAACUCGACGUCAAAAUGCAUCGAAGUCUUGACGGCGUUGAGACGUAUGAAAGCCUAUACGUCACAGUGUCGUGGAGGAAAAAGGCGGGUAGAUCAAACUCGACAACCGGAUUGGUCGACAUUCGAGUUGUGUGCGAUCAUACCGAGACGAGGGAGAAGGUGAAGCUGGAGAGCGACGAGGACGCGGUAACCAUUGAGAUCUCGAUGGAUCAGAAGUACGACAUCGAGGAGACCGAUCCGUCGCGUCAUCAAAUCAAAGCGCACAUCACUCCACUCAAAUGCCACAAACUAUGCUGGAAGUCCGAAUUGUUGGUCGCGUCGGCGUUCGGCGAAUUCAAGCGGCCGCUCGGCGAGGCGUGCCGCGACAUCGAAGGCACCACAAGCACCACCUAUCUUCGCGAGCUGAAAAAGAUAUCGGUGGUGGAGAACGAGAUGUCGGUGAACGAGUUGAUCAUCGAGACAGCCGUCGCUGAAUCCGAAUAUGGCGUCGUCACACUGCUUCUCGAGAAGCUCGGCAGCGACAACGAGACGUUCACGAUGCCGAUCAAAAAAUCGUUCGACACCAACACAUCGAACGGCAAGUUUGUGGUGCCCAUCGACGACGACGCCAUCUAUGCAGUUCAAUACGAAUACGUCAAGACGAGACCAUUCCAUUACACAACAAAAUCGCAUUUUCUUGUCGAGUCGCCGUCGCCAAAUUCGACAAAGCCCGAUCAUCCGCUCAUCGAAAUCUCGACAAUUCCGAAGUCGUUCGAAAUGAAGAGAAACGGCGAGACAAUAUUGAAGCCCGAGCCGCCGUUCGUUUUGCUCUCGCGCUCAUCACACUACAGUAAUCAUGAUGUUGUGCUUCAUCUCGAUGAGUUUUGCCAUGAGAACGCGACACGCGUUCGUCUCGAAGAUCGCUAUCCCGAGCACCAAAUCGACGCGGUGGCGUUCUUGUGUGGUCUCGAGCCGAAAAUGCAUUUUUGCGAUCAAAACGCGACGUAUCGCAAAUGCGACUCGAUGUUGUGCUUCUCGACGUCGGUCAUUAUCGGUCAAGAUUCGUAUGAUUCCGAGUCACGCUGCCUCAACGUCAGUCAACACUUUCCACCGCUUCAAGCUUCAUCGUCCAACGUCUUCAUUGCGUUGGCGAUUCUCGUGGCGUUUCUCGUCAGAUUCCGGUGA